AUGUUACUUCAGCUGGCAAACAGAGCCAGACAAAAUCGAUUCGUCAGGCCAGUGGCUCUGCCUCGGACCCAAGCCAGGCUGAGUCCUGGGGCCUGGUGCACUGUGGCCGGCUGGGGCCUGGUGAGCCUGAGCAGGAGAACAGACACACUCCAGGAAGUGCAGCUCACAGUGCAGAGGGAUGGGGAGUGCCACCGACGCUUCAGAUUCUACAACGGCCGGAUAGAGAUGUGUGUGGGAGAUCCAAGGGAGAGAAAGUCCGCCUUCUUGGGGGACUCCGGAGGGCCCCUCGUGUGUGGCCGGGUGGCCCAGGGCAUUGUCUCCUAUGGAAACAGACAGGGGACACCCCCAGCAGUCUUCACCAGGGUUUCCAGCUUCCUGCCCUGGAUAAGGAGAACAAUGAGUCGCUUUCAACAGUGGGGCCAGGCUGAGAUCCCCCUGUGAUUGACUGUCCUUCUCUGGGGCACAGGCCGGCUCCAGGGCACUUCCAGAGGCUUAAUAAAUGUCCACAUCUAGAGUGGAAUAUCUGAUCUCUCAUUUGUUCAUUAAACAUGAUUUGGUACACAACCAGUGUAUGCCAGGCCACGUGUGAACCCCUCCAGGGAAAUGGGAUCACUUCCCCAGGACAAGGAAACCCCUGUCCCCACCGUCUUGGGGGUUAGAAUGAGCUUCCCUCCUCUGAGCCAUCCCUGCUUUGUUCCCCCUCCACCCACAGGCUGGAGAGUGAUGGAAGGACAGCUCCUCCACAGAGUAAAGCAUCUUAUUCUCCACUCUUCCAGAAACUCCUCGCUAGGUUUUUUGUUUUUUUGGUUUUUUUGGUAUUUCUUUUGUCUUUUUAGGUCCACAC